AUGUUGGAUGCCCUGAUGGGGCCAAGCCGGAAUCAGAUCAGCAAAGACUCGGAGACCCCCGACUUUGCUGAUGAGAAGGUUUGCAAGAAUUUCUUGGUGGGCUUUUGCCCGCACGACUGGUUCACAUCAUCGAGGCGAAAGAUGCCAACCUGCAACAAGAUCCACUCCGAAGUGCUUCGGGAUGCUUUUGAAGCCCAUCCAGAGGUUACUAGGUAUCGGCGGCAGUUCGAGGAGCAGUUCUUGAAAUACCUGGACAAAGUCACGCGCGAGUGUGAUAUGUUCAUUGGCAAGGAGAAGAUCAAGUGCCGACCGAAAGGUACUGGUGGUGUUACCACACGAAUGCCACCGGAUGUGCAGGAGAAGUACGAUGCUCUCAAAAAGGAGCAUCAGAAAUUGGUCAAAGAAGCGGAAGAGGUGGCGGAUGAAUCCCUCAGCCGCAGCAAGGAGUUGACCCAAAGAGCUGUAGAUGUUGAGCUGGACAUAAGCGAUUACGAGAAACGAUAUCGCUUCGAAUAUCCAGGAGAGGAAGUUUGUGAUGUGUGCGGCGUUCGCUAUGCUUCACAAAAAGAGGAUAACCCAGAUUGGCACGAGCGCGCAUCGCACCUGAAUGGCAAAAUGCACCACGGCUGGCUGCAGAUCCGCCAGAAGCUGCAAGAGCUGCGAGAGAAGGAGCGUGUCUGGGAGAGAGAGGACUAUCAACAGGAGCAGAAGAAGGGUGCGGACCGGAAAGCAAGAAGCAAAGAGAAGGGCAGCAAGACAGGCAAAGCCAAACGUGACCGCGCCCCGAGUAAGUCGUCCAAGCGGUCGAAGCGUAGGAGGAGGAGGCGAUCCAGUUCCGACGCCUCGAAGCGCAAGACGCGGAAGUCGCGGGAGAGGGGCGGCAAGAAGAAAUCCAAGCGAAAGCGCUCCAGUUCCAGCUGA